UUUACAACUUCUGUAGAAUUUUUUUUUCGCUAGCUUCAAUAACUAAUAAAUAAAAUUGUUGCAAAAACUUUUUCUUUGGCCAAGCGAAGAAUGUCUCAGCCAAAAGCUGUAGCUCCAGUUAUCAGAUACAAGAAAGAUCCUAUGCAAUUUCCUUCCAACUCGACUAAAAAGAGCGAUCACCGACUGUGUUUUAAGUCCCAUUUGGUCCCAUUGUACUCCAUUUGCUGCCCCAAGAAUUACACCGAUUACAGGGGCACUGCCACUCUUUUGUAGUAGUGUAGUAUCUUCUUGGUGGUAGUGCAAUCUGUGAGCGCGGGAAAGUUUCCCGCGUGUUCUCCCCACUCGAGGUACCUAUGUAAGCAACACGCGACGAACGAGUCAGUGCAAGUUAGUUUCGAACGUUUCGAAUCUUUGCAUACUUUGCAUGUGAGAAAUUUGUAUUGUUACAGUAAAAGAGUGUAUUACAUCUAAUCUAUUAUGAACAAAUCCCGUUCCACUCGUGACAAAACCAAAGGGGCUUCGACAAGUCGGAGUCCAAGGAAUAAGGGAAAGAACAAUAUCCCUAAAGAUGACAGCAAAACCAUCAGUAAGACUGAUAUAGAAACCCAAGGAUCUUCUGUCAAACGGAAGUUACUGGAGACAGAUGAUUCUUGCCAGAGGAAAAUUGCAAAAUUAGGCAAUGGUUCGCCAAGAACCCCGAAAUAUAGACCUUCCCUCGCAGAUAAAAAUCAACUUAAUAAUGAAGAAGAUGGAGUUAAAAUAGUGAAGGAAGUGAUAGUAAGAGAAGCGUUCUCCAAGGAGAAUAUGAAUCCAGAUCAAAGCAAGAUAUUGCCACGCAAAUCAAGUGGAGGCAACGUAGAAAGAGUAAGCUUUGAAAAAUGUAUUUCUGGAGACGAGGGGAUUUCGGACGUUAGUAUUAUUACAUUGAAUUCAUCCGAAAACAGUACAUUUGAUAAGCAUCCUUCGAUAAGCAUCGAUAUAUCCACUGAUGCAUCUGAUAAGUCGAUAAUAAUAGUGAACGAUUCCGAUGAAAGUUUGCGAGAGAUUUCUACUUCGUCCCUCCCGAAAGAUACAACAGAGUCCCAAAAUAGCAUAGCUACAGGAACGUGUGAUACGAAGACGAUAAACGAGUCUCAAGAAUUAGAAAAGUUGUUCGAUGAUUUCUUAGACGAAGAGUUCCUCAACAUCAGCGAGGUCGAUUUCGACAGCUCAACUUACAAAGUAGGAGAGAUCGAUUUCGGCACCUUUCAAAGGUGCAAAGUAGUCGAGAUCAAGUACGAGGCAAAUACGAUAACUCUCGACGUAGAGCAGAAGAAUGAAAAAUGCGGCACAGUACUUAUCUGUGGAAGAUGGGUAAACUGUAUCGUACGAAAGGGUGACAAAGUAGUGGUUCGCGCGGAAAAGAAAGGAGGAAAAUGGACCGUGGACGACGUAACUGGAAUGCUCGUUGUUCACCCAGAUACGCUGUUAUCCGGCACGAGCAUAAGCGGUGCUACUUUCUGCAUGCGCAAAUCCGUCUUAUCGGAAAAAUUCCGAAGGAUAGACAGUUUACGUAGUGAAGAUCAAGAUUCAACACCUUUAGUCGUUGGAACUUUAGUCCAUCAACUACUACAGACCGCAAUAAACAAGAAUAUUUCUAGGACAUCCGAAAUAUCGGAGUUGAUGGAGAAGAUAUUACAGACCCCAGACGCUGUUACCUUAUUGUAUGCAACGAACGUUACGUUGCGCACGUGUAGAGAAAAAAUGUCGAUUUACGUUCCUAAAAUUCAAGAGUUUAUACUCCAUUAUUUAAAAGAUCAAGAACAAAAUCAGAUAGCGAGAACAACAGGAAACUUUAAGGGAAAGAUCGCACAAAUUCGCGAUAUCGAGGAGAUCGUAUGGUCGCCCGAAUUAGGAAUGAAGGGGAAAAUAGACAUCACUGCACAAGUGAAAAUUAACUCGAAGAAGAAGAUAAUGCCAUUAGAAAUCAAGACAGGAAGAGCAACGUUCUCACAUCAACAUAGAGGUCAAGUCAUUCUAUACCUUAUGAUGAUGGCUUUGACCGAGGAAGAUACGGACACCGGCCUUCUUCUGUACUUAAAGGACGUUCUAUUACGAGAAGUAAAAAGUCAACGUGCCGAGGAGAGGGACUUGAUAAUUUUGCGAAAUACUUUGGCGCAUUAUUUAACGGCGAGUCGGUUUGACUCGUCUAAGGAAACUUUAGAAAACUUAGAACUUCCGGAGCCCAUAAAUUCACCCUGGUGCUCAUCGUGCGAGUAUAAUACGCUGUGUUGCGCGUACUUGAGCAGAGACGACUCGUUACAGUUAUCGGAGUCCCAUCCUUUAAAACAGGUGACAAAUCAGAUUUUAAAAACUUUGAAGCCCGAACACAUCGAUUACAUGUUACACUGGGUAAAGUUGUUACAAAUGGAAGAGAGCGUGCACUCUUCGGAGAGCACUUUCAAGCAGUUAUGGACUUUGACUCCUCAAGAAAGGGAGAAGAAGGGACGUGCAGUGUGUAACUUGAAGAUGCUCGACGUCCGUGUAACAAAUGGCAGAUACGUGCACUCGUUUGCUCGUGCAUCGCCCGGGGAGAAAAUCCCAUACUUGGAAUUUAAUGACAACGAAUAUGUAAUAAUAAGUACCAAUGCGAGAAUAAAUUUAGCGUCCGGGUAUGUAGCCGAACGAGGCGAAGAUCAGAUCAACGUAAUGGUCGACAGAGAUCUGAUAAAGUACAAACACGAGAUCUUUCAUGUGAACAAAUAUUCGUCCUCCUCGUAUCUCUCGACCAACUUGGGCAACAUCGGUGAACUUAUGACCAAUACCGAAAUCUGCAGAAGACUACGGGAAAUCGUCAUAGAAAAGAAACCGGCGACUUUCGACGAAAAUUCGUCGCUUGCUGGUCAAUUGGACAACACUGGACUCAUGCAAAGAUUCAAUAAAGGUCAGUUGGUCGCGAUCAAGAAAGCGCUGUCCGCCAACGAUUACCUCUUGAUCAAAGGAAUGCCCGGUACAGGGAAGACGGAAACUAUCGUCGGCUUAAUAAUGUCAUUAAGAAAAAUGAAGCUCUCAGUUCUAAUUACUGCACACACGAACAGUGCAGUAGACAACAUCCUGUUAAAGCUACUUGAAAUGGGAGUAGACUUUUUGCGCCUGGGCUCGUCCGCCCAUUCAUCUUUAACGAACAAAACGGAUGCGUACGUUACGUCCAAUUGUACGUCGCCGGAGAGCCUGGAAAAAUUAUAUUCCAGCAAAGAUAUAGUUGCAACAACGUGUUACGGCGCGAGUCACCCUCUUCUCAAAAGACGCACGUUUGAUUUUUGCUUGGUGGACGAAAGUACCCAGGCGUUACAGUCAACCGUUCUGCGACCACUUUAUAGCGCAAAAAAAUUCGUUCUCGUUGGGGACCCUGAUCAAUUACCUCCCAUCGUAAGGAACAUACGAGCUAAGAAACUAGGUGCCGACGAGUCGUUAUUUUCUCGGCUCGACAACGAGAAUAAUACUGUCGAACUGAAUCUGCAAUAUAGAAUGAAUCGAAGAAUCAUGCACGUUGCAAAUAAGUUCACGUACAGGGAUAUGUUAAAAUCCGGAGAUGUUGCAACAGCAGAUGCAUGCAUCUCGACGCAACAGUCCAUUUUAAAAAGGGAAAAGGAAUGGACACGAAAAGCGCUGUCGCCGCUUAUUAGUGAGUCGGUUAUAUUGAUAAAUACCGGACGCACUUGUAACCUGAAGAAACCAUCGGAAAUGGCCGAUCGAUUCUCCGACAGCGAGGACACAUGUUCAAACGUCUGGGAAGCUGCCAUAGCGGCGAAGCUGGUCCAGACGCUUCUAAUGAUGGGCAUUUCUAUACAAAAUAUUGGAAUAAUCACGCCGUAUAGGGCACAGGUGGAUUUGCUCGGCAGAGUCAUUAGACAAGCAGUAGAAAUAAAUACUGUCGACCAGUAUCAGGGUCGCGAUAAAGACAUUAUAAUUUACUCGUGCGUUAAAAGUUUACUGGACAGCGAUAUAAUCGAGGAAGACAAUGAAAUAUUGGGGGAUCGCCGUAGAUUAACCGUGGCCAUAACUCGAGCCAAGAAGAAGUUAAUUAUUAUUGCGGAUAAACAUACGACUAGUAGGUAUUCGACGUUCGACGAUUUAUAUAAAAUCAUUAAUGAAACCGAUGAUGGACGCAAUGUGAUCAACUUGACUGAUCACAUCGAUCUCUCCGCUGGGCAACAGCUCAUCGAUACNGACAACACUGGACUCAUGCAAAGAUUCAAUAAAGGUCAGUUGGUCGCGAUCAAGAAAGCGCUGUCCGCCAACGAUUACCUCUUGAUCAAAGGAAUGCCCGGUACAGGGAAGACGGAAACUAUCGUCGGCUUAAUAAUGUCAUUAAGAAAAAUGAAGCUCUCAGUUCUAAUUACUGCACACACGAACAGUGCAGUAGACAACAUCCUGUUAAAGCUACUUGAAAUGGGAGUAGACUUUUUGCGCCUGGGCUCGUCCGCCCAUUCAUCUUUAACGAACAAAACGGAUGCGUACGUUACGUCCAAUUGUACGUCGCCGGAGAGCCUGGAAAAAUUAUAUUCCAGCAAAGAUAUAGUUGCAACAACGUGUUACGGCGCGAGUCACCCUCUUCUCAAAAGACGCACGUUUGAUUUUUGCUUGGUGGACGAAAGUACCCAGGCGUUACAGUCAACCGUUCUGCGACCACUUUAUAGCGCAAAAAAAUUCGUUCUCGUUGGGGACCCUGAUCAAUUACCUCCCAUCGUAAGGAACAUACGAGCUAAGAAACUAGGUGCCGACGAGUCGUUAUUUUCUCGGCUCGACAACGAGAAUAAUACUGUCGAACUGAAUCUGCAAUAUAGAAUGAAUCGAAGAAUCAUGCACGUUGCAAAUAAGUUCACGUACAGGGAUAUGUUAAAAUCCGGAGAUGUUGCAACAGCAGAUGCAUGCAUCUCGACGCAACAGUCCAUUUUAAAAAGGGAAAAGGAAUGGACACGAAAAGCGCUGUCGCCGCUUAUUAGUGAGUCGGUUAUAUUGAUAAAUACCGGACGCACUUGUAACCUGAAGAAACCAUCGGAAAUGGCCGAUCGAUUCUCCGACAGCGAGGACACAUGUUCAAACGUCUGGGAAGCUGCCAUAGCGGCGAAGCUGGUCCAGACGCUUCUAAUGAUGGGCAUUUCUAUACAAAAUAUUGGAAUAAUCACGCCGUAUAGGGCACAGGUGGAUUUGCUCGGCAGAGUCAUUAGACAAGCAGUAGAAAUAAAUACUGUCGACCAGUAUCAGGGUCGCGAUAAAGACAUUAUAAUUUACUCGUGCGUUAAAAGUUUACUGGACAGCGAUAUAAUCGAGGAAGACAAUGAAAUAUUGGGGGAUCGCCGUAGAUUAACCGUGGCCAUAACUCGAGCCAAGAAGAAGUUAAUUAUUAUUGCGGAUAAACAUACGACUAGUAGGUAUUCGACGUUCGACGAUUUAUAUAAAAUCAUUAAUGAAACCGAUGAUGGACGCAAUGUGAUCAACUUGACUGAUCACAUCGAUCUCUCCGCUGGGCAACAGCUCAUCGAUAUUUUAUAGAUUGUUAAAAACUAUUUUUAUACUUUUAUCAAUCGUGUUUAAUUUAAUUUUAUUUAAUUUGUUGUCUGUGAAGUACUUUGUAACGUAAAUCGAAGAGAUAAUUGUAAUAAUUGUUUUCAUUUGUGAUAUUUAUUAAUCAUUACUGUUAAUUAUAAGUACACGAAAUCCACGUUGUAUACGACGAAAAUAUUUUUAAUACUCGAAGCAUGAGAAUGCUAAUAAGGUUCUAAUAAAGAAAUUGUAUGAAACAA